AUGGUCAAGCACCAAAGACGUUCUCACCAAAGGGGGCACGUCGGCGACAUAUUGGACGACUGCACCUCGGACUCGGACAGCGGCGAGUCGCCCUCAACCCCGAAGCACGCCAACAUGCAAUGGCCUCCUCAUCCCCAAGGCGUCAUGGCCAUAAACCACCCCGGGAUGGGCCAUGCCAUGAGCCGAGCCGCGUCAUACGAAUACGGCCAGCACAUGAACGGAUACCAGAUGCAGCAGCAGCAGCAACAGCAAUACGGCGCGCAUCGCCACAGCCUCUCGGGCGGCCCGCACGAAUUCCACGGCCAGUCGGUCCACGAGCAGCAGCACUCUGCCGUCAUGCUGCAGCGAACGGCCAGCAUGCCCCAGCCGCCGUACUUUGUGACGGAGCAGGGCAACCCGGGCGUCGCUACCAUGAACACCAACAUGUACGCGCAAGUGCCCCGGCAGCAACAGCAGCAGGUCGAUAUUCCGUACUCUGCACCUGGUAUGAACCAGUCCAUCCAAAGCAGCCCGAGCAGCUUCUCGGCAGCAUCGGGUAGGAGCCCAUCCACUCAGGAAGGGUUUUAUACUCACCAGCCAACCCAAGCAGCAACGUAUGCCCUGCAUCACGCCUCCCCCGUCGUCGAGCAGCAACCGGGCAUGGUCCCCUACCAGCACCAGCAGAUGCAACAGCAGAUUCAUACCCCGCAGCCGAUCCCGACGCAGCCGCCGCAGCCUCCUCCCCAGCAGCAGCAACAGGUCAGCCAGUACGCCUCACCGACGCCCCAGGGGCAGCCCGAGGAGUACUGGAAUAGCGUUCCGUACCAGGCGCCGGUCGAGGUCGCCACCAUCGGCCAGCUUCCCACCUACGGCUCAAGCGUGUACGAUCCCUGGGGAGGCCCCAAGAUCGAGUUCGAAGACCCUUCGAUGCAGCUGCCUUCGGCACGGAUCGAGAACCUAUAG